CUGCAUCCAUUUGGAACUAAGUGCUUCAUUCUUAAUACUAAAGACUCUCUUGGAAAGUUUGAUGCUAGAUCUGAUAUAGGAAUCUUCUUAGGAUAUUCAUCCAAAGGCCAGGCCUAUAGGGUUUUCAAUAAAAGAACCAGAAAGGUUGAAGAGUCAGUGCAUAUUCGCUUUGACACAUCUCAUCACUGCCUCCCUUUGGUUUCUGAUAUUAACAAUUAUGACUUCCUUCCUAUAACCUCUUUAUUUGAGAAAGAUAGUGCAGAAAUUAGUAAGGGGAAUGAAAAUUUGAACUCAGAACAGACUGAAUCAUCCACUGAACCUGACUCUGCUACACAAGAUGCAACUCAAAAUGAGAACCAAGAAGCUCCUGCUCACAUAAGAAAGAGGCAUCCUCCCUCACUAAUCAUUGGUCACCUCUCAGAUCCCAUUCACACUCGAGGUAAGUAUAUCCCAUGUCAGUAUUCCUUCGUUUCUCUGUUUGAACCUAAGAAUUUUAAAGAAGCAAUUCUUGAUGAGGAGUGGUUUCUUGCCAUGCAAGAAGAGCUGUCACAUUUCAUCAGACUUAAGGUAUGGGAACUAGUCCCCCGACCCUUAGGUGUUUCUAUCAUAGGAACUAAAUGGAUAUUUAGGAACAAAUCAGAUGAACUCGGAUUCAUAAUCAAAAACAAAGCUCGCCUUGUUGCCCAAGGAUACAGUCAAGAGGAGGGUAUAGAUUAUGAUGAAACUUUUGCCCCUGUUGCACGCUUAGAAUCCAUUAGACUCCUGUGUGCUUAUGCUAGUUAUAUGAAUAUCAAAUUAUUUCAAAUGGACGUAAAAAGUGCAUUCUUGAAUGGUGAAAUAAAAGAGGAUGUUUAUGUUGAACAACCCCCUGGAUUUAUUGACAGUGAGUACCCUGAUCACGUUUUCAAACUAUCUAAAGCCCUGUAUGGACUCAAGCAAGCUCCUAGAGCUUGGUUUGAGAAACUGACAUCAUUCUUAAUUUCACAAGGGUUCUGUCAAGGGGGUGUAGAUAAAACACUUAUUAUUAAAAAAUGAAAUGAUAACUCCCUAAUAGUUCAAGUCUACGUGGAUGAUAUAGUUUUUGGCAGUACUGACCCUAGCAUGUGUGAAGAAUUCAGUACUAUCAUGCAAAACAAGUUUGAAAUGAGCUUAAUGGGUGAACUGAACUUCUUUCUGGGACUGCAAAUCCAUCAGUCUAACCUUGGCAUAUUCAUUCAUCAAACUAAGUAUCUGCAUUCCAUGCUUACCAAAUUUGAUCUGUUAAGCAUUAAACCUAGCAAAACUCCCAUUGCAUCAAAUACUCACUUGGAUUAUGACUUGAAUGGAAUUGCAGUAUGUGAGAAAAGAUAUAGAGGUAUGAUAGGUUCUCUGUUGUAUCUUACAGCCAGCAGACCUGACAUACAAUUCAGUGUCUGUCUUUGUGCAAGAUUUCAACAUCAACCAAAAGAAAGCCACCUAAAAGCUGUAAAAAGAAUUUUCAGAUACUUGAAAGGGUCUAGUGAUCUUGGAUUAUGGUAUCCUGUGUCUGAUUCAUCAACCCUUGUAGGUUAUUCUGACUCUGAUUUUGCUGGAAGCAUUACUGACAGAAAAAGUACUAGUGGUACUUGUCAAUUCUUUGGAAGAUCACUUGUGUCAUGGUCAAGUAAAAAACAAGGCUCAGUAGCACUGUCCACAGCUGAGGCUGAAUAUGUGCCUGCUGGGUGCUGUUGCACUCAAAUUAUGUGGUUAAAGUCCCAACUGAAUGACUAUGGAGUUAAUGUUAAUCAAAUACCUAUCUUUUGUGAUAACACGAGUGCCAUAUGCAUGUCAAAAAAUCCUGUUCAUCACAGUCGAACUAAACACAUUGAAAUAAAACAUCACUUCAUUAGAGAUCUUAUACAGGCUGGUCAUAUUGAAUUAAAUUUUAUAUCGACUGACUUUCAAGUUGCUGAUAUCUUUAUCAAAGCACUCUCAUUAGAACAAUUUCUCAAAUUGUGUGAUGAUCUGGGUCUUCAGUCUCUUCACUCCAUCCAAGGGAGUCAAUGAACCAGGUUCUGUUCUUCCUUUAUUUAUGCAUUUAAUUACUACUUGUUUAUAGUGUGAUUUAAUUACUUUUGCUACUAAAUUGAUUGCUGGUGCAUGUAUGUGAUGUUUCGACUCUCAAAAACCCUUGUCUUUCCAAUCUCCUGGUUGUUAUAUGUGCUGUUAUCAAAGCACUCUGAGUAGCUAUAUAUACUACACUUCUUCUACUUCAUUUCAUCAUAGCUAGCCAUCAAUAGGAAAUCCCAUCAUGACUGAUCUUUUUACUUCCUCAAACAUUCCUGGAGCUGUUGUCACAUACGUAGGUAGAACCUUCAACGAUCCUAUAGACUUUAAUCUGCAUUGAUUCAAAGAGUUCUAUGCAACUCGUCCCCUGUCUGAUCCCAUAUCACUUGAUCUAUAUGAUUUCAAGAAUCAAGGGAUCGAUGUUACUCCACAUAUUCGAAACUUGGGAUGGGAAUUUCUACUUCAUUACCCUCCCCUUACUGCUUGUCCUCUUCCUGUUCGAACGUUUUAUGCCAAUCUGAAUUGUCAGGGUAUUAUCACUCGAAAAUUCACCACUCUGGUCAAUGGCUACUUCAUCUCCCUGACAUCUGAAGCUAUUGGAAUCCUUCUGAAUCUUCCUUCUGGAGUACCUCUGUCUCUGGCCCAUGAAGACGAAUUCUUAUUCUAUGAAUUCGAUCAUGUCAUUGAGUUUUCUAGAAUCACUCAGCGUACUGUAGGCGCCCAUGAAGUCAUCACCUCAGCUGACCUAAACCCAUCCCUUUGCACUCUUCAUUAUUUCAUUACCCAUCUGUUCCUUCCUCGCAGCCAUGACCACCAUAUUGUCACAAAAAUUGACCUGUGGAUUCUAUCCAAUGCCCUCACUGGGCGAAAAAUAGAUUAUACCCCCCCUGUUGUUUGGUUCCCUUGUUCGAAGUGCUGAUACUCAUGCUAGUGGAUGCCUUCCAUAUGGAGGUCUCAUCACUCUUCUCAUAUCCAACCUUGGCAUCUCUCUCGACGGUUUCUCAACCAUCGACAAAUCUGUUUCCAUCCAUGCCAUUACUGCUCACAGGUUCAUUAGUAUUGAUCCUCAGCCUUCGAAAGGGGGAGAUCCUGCAGGAAGGAAAACCAAACCAUCCAAACACCCCACUAAGUCCAUGACCAAACUCCUGAAACUUGGGGAAUCCUCCUCUGUGUGUAGAAACCUAAUCAUAUCCUUUGAUGAGGAAGAAGCUGAACCAGCUACUGAAUCCCUUUCUGAAAAGGACAUCAGACUGUUUGCCGAGGACCUCGAAAGAGACCUUAUGGAAGGUGAAGCUGCUGUUCAGGAAGAGAAUGACAUGAAUGAAGUAGCUGAAACUCAGGGGGAGAUUCAAAGCAAGAGCGAGACACAGAAGGCUGUCGAAUGAAGUUUAAGAAGAUACUAAAGAGUUGUCCUCAUCUCCAAGAAAUUUGAACUAAAUAAAGGGAUCAAUAAUCUGCUUAGAAUAAGUGUGAUGUGUUUCGGACCAUAAUGGUCUUAUGAUUAUGUUUGAUGGACUCAAAGACCAUAAUGGUCUAUGGUCUUAUGCUUUCUGUCCUUAAAUGUCUAUUUCAAGUAUUAUGAGUAAAAGAUCAUAAUGAUCUAUGUUUUUAUGUUAAAUCCUCUCUAUGAACAAAUAUCUAUGGAUGAUCUGCAGAAACUCGCUUUAAAUAAAUAUGUGUGCAGAAUCGGAGGCUUGAACGCAGGGGGAGAUUGUUGGGCCAUGACUCUCCGAGAUCCACGAGCCAAAGAAGCCCAAUGAGAAACGUAAGCCCACCGGACACACUGAAAGUCAAAGAGAGUCAAGAUCCCUAAAGCGUCAUCGCCUCCAUUCUCCAUCAGAGAAAUCAAUUGACUCCAUGAAAGAGGGUGACUGGGAAUCGCGCUUCUGCUCUUCUCUUCAAGAAUAAACGGUCGAGUUCAUUGAUGAUGGAAGAGACAAGGAUGGGAGCCUCUCCGCCUAUAUAAAGACUGCUCCUGCCAAAGAGAAAGGUGACAGUUUCCUAGACUUGGUUAGAACAGGGUUUGUUCUCUGGAAGUUUUAGGUUUGGGUUCGGGUCUCGUGUCUGGAUAACUGAGUUGGGGCGGUGGCCAGGAACUCAAGUUAUCUGGGCAUGGCUUCUGUUUAAUCUUUCUCUAUCUUGUCCCUUGUUUUAGAUUGAGUAGUGAUCUAGACAAUUAAACUCAGAUCAUCUG